UAUAAAAAAUAUUUAAAUUAAAUAAGAAAAGGGUUAGAGUUAAGGGUUGCAGAAGUGAGGAAACCCAAUUUGAGGGUUGUUUUGCCUUCACAGGGAAAGGGCAAAGCAAAGGAAACAAAAUUCCAAUUGCUUUACUUCAUUUUUCUUGUUCUCAUAACCAUGGCAUCGUUUGGGUCCCUCAAAUCCACCAUUUUCGACAAAGAAGAGAGAAAGCAGCAGUAUCAGUGGCAUAUUCGAGGCCUCAGUGCAUACGACCGUCACAAAAAAUUCAUCAAUGAUUACGUUAAUUUUUAUGGAAAAGAACGACCUUCAAACUUGAAGUUGCCUAUUAAAACAGAUCAAGAUACACUGAGAGAAGGAUACAGAUUCAUUCGGUCAGAGGAAGAUGAUAUGAAUCCAUCGUGGGAACAAAGGCUAGUCAAGCGUUAUUAUGACAAGCUUUUUAAGGAAUACUGCCUAGCUGACAUGUCACAAUACAAGAGUGGUAAGAUUGGCCUCAGGUGGAGGACAGAGAAGGAAGUCAUGUCUGGCAAAGGCCAGUUCAUAUGUGGUAACAAGCAUUGCAAUGAGAAAGAUGGUUUAACAAGCUACGAGGUGAACUUUUGUUACUUUGAAGCUGGAGAAAACAAACAAGCCCUAGUUAAGUUGGUAACAUGUGAGCGAUGUGCAUGCAAACUCAACUAUAAGAGGAAGAAAGAAAAGGAGCAGUUAGAAAAAAGGCAACAAGAUCAAGAUAGGCGAAAGAGGAAUCGUUCAAAGAGUGAUGAUGAUCUAGAUGAUUACCAAGAAAGCGACGAGAGAAAGAGAAAAGGCAAAAAGGCUUUGACUUCGUCCAGUCGUAAAAUUAAUGAUGAUGAUGACCAUGACGACGAUGAUAACUUAGAUGAGUUUCUUGAGGGUAUGUUUCCUUGAUCUUGGCUGAUCAGCUGUCACACCUUAAAAGUGCUUCCGGGCAUCAAAGCUGAGCAAACAGAAAAACGAUAGGUUGCAUGUGUAUAGUGUUGUCUCAAUAAUGAAAAUUGCAUAUCAGAAUGAUCUGCUUCAUGACCCUGAACUGGUUUUACCAUAUAUAAUGGACAAAAGUUGGUUGUCUGAUGUAUUUUUAAUGUGAAACGCAUGCAGCAGCUAUUGUGAAUGUGCGUAUUUUGAUGUCAUGAUUUUUGUAUGUGACUUCAAAAUAUGAUAAAAUUCGAAGUAUGUCAUGUUAUAAUGGUUUGUGCAUGAAGUGUAUGAUGUUGUAUCACUA